CUGACAUCAUACCAAUUCUAUUGUAUACUUUGGUGAUGUGUUUUGCCGUGAAAAAUUAAUAUACAGACGGAAUAAGAAAGGUAUUUUACCAGUAUCACACGGUCUUAAGCCUACUGAUCACGUGUUUAAAUGUGUAAUUUAGCCAUGACGAAGUUACUGGAGUGGAUCUCUGUAUUGUCCGCUCUGUUCGCGGUAUGGUAUUCGCUAAUCGGCGGCUACGUGAAGCAUCCACUCAUAGAAAAGAACAUGAACUUGAUUUUAGUAUCUCCAAUAUUAUUUGUCAUAUUGUUUGGUUUGUACGCUGUAACUGUGGUCCUGUAUCGAGUUUUCACCUUUAACAACUGUGAAGAGGCCGCUAAAGAAUUGCAGGAGCAAAUUGUUGAGGCUAGAAAAGACUUAAAAGAGAAGGGAAUAAAGUGGUAAGCAGAAGUACAAAUCAUUCCAAUAAUUUGAGUAACAAAGAAUAUUCCAUGAUAUAUUUUAUGUAAGAUAUGUGAUUUUUGUAAUAUAUUGUUAAUUUUGUAAA